AUGUCUAUGGAGGAGGGGGAGCCUGUGGACCUCUACAUAUAUGACCUCACAAAGGGUCUGGCUUCAUUACUGUCACCUGCUAUACUUGGGCGGCAGGUGGAGGGCGUGUGGCACACGGCGGUGGUGGUGUUCGGCCGGGAGUACUUCUACGGAGGCGGCGGCGUCACCAGCUGCGCGCCGGGCAGCACCCAGCUCGGCGCUCCGUGCCAGGUGGAGCGUCUCGGGACCACGUUCGUGCCCUACCCCGUGUUCCAGGAGUACAUCCAGGGGCUCGCUACUAGCUCCUACACAGGCCAGGCGUACCGUCUGCUAGAACACAACUGCAACCACUUCAGCGACGAGGUGGCUCAGUUCGUGUGCGGGGCGCGCGUGCCCAAACACAUCGUGUCUCAGGCCGAGCGGGACCUGCCGCCGCCGCUGAGGCUGGCGCUGCAGGCCGCGCUCGACCACCUCGUGCCCGACGGAGCGCCCGUCUACGGCGGAGUGAGGCACAGCCGACGGGACAGCCCCGACUACCUCACGCUCAACGACCAGAUCGAGGAGGCCAGCGAGUCUUCUAUCAGUGUGUAUCUGACUUCUCACGAGGUGACGACUGUCGGUUGGACACAGAGUGGCGUCCCAGGAGCUGGACGCGAGGAGGAGCACGCUGGCGGAGAAACUGGCAAGGAAGGAGAGGAGGAAGGAGAAGAAGAGGAAGAGACUAAUGGGAGGAGAACAGACGGCGGAGGAGGGGGGAGGAGACUCGGUUCUUUGAUGUUUUCUGGUAUUAAGACUCAGGAUAGCAGCAAGGAUUAUUGUAAUAGUAACAGUAUCCUGCGUAUGGUUAUCGGAGCGAGACUUCUGUAA